UACCAGAAGAUGAAGACCAUCACGAAGAUCUGACGCAGAGCCGCCGCCCACUCACUGGCUGCACCAUUUUCUUGGGCUACACAUCCAACCUCAUCAGUUCGGGCAUCCGGGAGACCAUUCGCUACCUCGUGCAGCACAACAUGGUGGGUCGAUGUUAGGUCCGUGGCCUCAACCUCCCUGGGCAAGUGGAUAAUAAAACUGCUGUUCAUUUAAGAGACAUGAAGAAGGUUCUGAAGAGGCUCAGAAGUUAAGAGUAUUUGCUGCUCUUGUGGAAGACCUGGGUUUGGUUCCCAGCACCCAUGUGAUGGUUCACAGAUGUCUGUAACUCCAUUUCCAGGGAUGUAUGCAAAACACUGGUACACAUUAAAAAAAAGUAAUUUCAAAAAAGGAUGCGAGGAGAUGGGUUUUUGUUUUUGAACAUGCUGGCAGUUCUUAUUCCUUAGCCUCCUGAGUGCUGGGAUCACAGGAGUGUGCUACAUUUUCUGGCUACAGGUCUGCUUUAAGCAGAGGAACAGGCGCUGUUUUGUUGCACGCUUGUGUCAGGAUGAGUAUGGGCUGAUGUCAGGAGUGCGGCUUAGAAGGAGGCGAGCCUUGUUUUCUGUGCCUGUAGGUGGAUGUGUUGGUGACGACUGCUGGAGGCGUGGAAGAAGAUAUCAUCAAGUGCCUGGCACCCACUUACCUUGGCGAGUUCAGCCUCAGUGGGAAGGAGCUCCGGGAGAAUGGAUUGGGAACCUGCUGGUGCCAAACGAUAAUUACUGCAAGUUUGAGGACUGGCUCAUGCCCAUUCUGGACCAGAUGGUGCUGGAACAGAACACAGAGGGUGUGAAGUGGACACCUUCCAAGAUGAUCUCCCGACUUGGCAAGGAGAUCAACAACCCAGAAUCUGUGUAUUAUUGGGCUUAUAAGAACCACAUUCCUGUGCUGAGCCCUGCGCUCACAGAUGGCUCACUGGGUGACAUGAUCUUCUUCCAUUCCUACAAAAACCCAGGCUUAGUUUUGGACAUCGUUGAAGACCUACGACUCAUCAACAUGCAGGCCAUUUUCGCCAAGCGCUCCGGCAUGAUCAUCCUGGGUGGAGGUAUGGUCAAGCACCACAUCGCCAAUGCUAACCUCAUGCGGAAUGGGGCUGACUAUGCUGUCUACAUCAACACAGCCCAGGAGUUUGAUGGUUCAGACUCAGGAGCCCGGCCAGAUGAGGCUGUCUCUUGGGGCAAGAUCCGGAUGGAUGCUCAGCCAGUAAAGGUCUAUGCUGAUGCUUCUCUGGUCUUCCCCCUGCUGGUCGCUAAGACUUUUGCCCAAAAGGCAGAUGCCUUCACAACUGAGAAGAAUGAGGACUAAGAAGAUUGGUGAAGAUUGGGGGUAUUUGCUAUUCCUUUAUUUAUUAAUUUUAUACACCUCCCUGGGCCCACCUAGUCCUUGAUCAGCAGCGUCUUCAGAAUAAAUAAAUGGUCUUUGUUAGG